CUCAAAAUGCCUUUAUAAAGGCCACCAUAAUCAAUUGGAAGGUACCCUACAAUUCUGCGGCACUUGCAACAAGAUCAAAAGGCAAAAGAACCCAGUUGAGCUCAUUAGAAAGUACUAAUGGGAGUUUCUGCAGAUUACCCUCUUCUUCUCUCUCUGGGUUUGAAGGGCAUCCGAGCAAAAAAAAAGGGUGUGUCCCAGGUUGGGUCACUUUGGGAAAGUCAUGGGAAGAGAAGAUCAAGGCAAAUGAAGGGGAAUAUUGGAGGGUAUAAGAGAAGAUCUAGAAGGGUUUUGAUGAAGAGAAGGAGGAGAGUUGUAGAAGGUUCAAGAAGGCGUGUGAAUGCAAUUGAAGAAAGAACGAGGAUACUGAAGAAAUUGAUUCCAAACAGCACCAAAUCCAUGGGGUUGGAAGGGCUUUUCAGAGAAACAGCCGAUUAUAUAUUGUCUUUACAGAUGAGAGUUCAGGUCAUGCAGAUUAUGGUUAAGGUUUUGGGUGGUAAUUGAAAAUUGAGUGAUAUAAAUAAUUCAUUUGUAAAUGCAGUUUUUUUUUUUAAUUUUAAUUAAAAGAAAAUUGGGUUUUAAAUUUUGAUUAAUUUUAUGUGGUAUUUUUAAUUAGUCAAAUAGUAGGAUUAAUUUCUAUUUAAGUCCAGAAAAUUUGUGUUAUUGGGCUGCUUAGGUUUUUAACAACA